GUAACAUGGAGUGGGACAGCUGGAUCGAGCUGGACAACGAGUGGCACAAGUACCACGCACGCAAGCUCCAGAGGCUCGAGGAAAAAAACAGCGAUCUGUACGGUACGUCGCCAGAUGCCUGGGACGGCGUGCUCGAGCUUUUGGAGGAGUUCCGCAACUACCUGCCCCAGAGGUAUCCAAGCCUGUUCCGAAAAACACGUAAAGGCAUUGAGAACCUCGAAACGGGCGAGUCGUUUGAGUUCAUCGGCGUUCCUAAAUCGGAGUUCAAAAUGGACCCGGUCCUGAUGGCCUCGCUGCUGGUCCAGGACGACCUUGCCGUGAUGGUUGAGAAUGAAAAGGGCGAGUAUGUUCUACGCGCAGGCGCAAUCAUGCUGGCUGGGUUCUGGAGACUCAAAGAUAAACUUGGAAUGCCGUUGAGCAUGAUCCAUACCAGCGGAGAUGUGCCUAAAUAUAAUGAGAAGCUCAAGGCAGGCAUGGAGAAGUUCUUCAUCAGACAGACCUGCGACAAGCCAGUUGUGCGAAACAACUACUUUCUCCAGGCAGACGACGAUCUGGCUUGGUCGUACUCGAUCGGAGACGAGUCGAAAGAGGUGGUCGGCUGGUACACUGCCAGCCCGGCCACCGACAUCAAUAAGAUCUACUUUAGGUCCGAAAGACAGUCAGUCAGAAGACUGCCAAAAACAGGAGUCACAGUAUUCACGAUCAGAACGUAUUUCCUGCCAGUUGUUAAGCUCUGCGAGGAACCGUUCGUUCCGUUGCGUCUGCUGAACGGAAUAAGGAGCUGGGAUAAAGACGUGCAGGAAUACAGAGGUUAUACGAUAUUCAAAGACGUUCUCAUGCCAUAUUUGGAGAAGAAAGCCGAGGAACAGGCAAAACUGGGCUACACCCCUGAUAAAGAGCCAAAUAACUAUCCGUACUGAUGAGAUAUAUU